CCAUUCUCAACCGCCCCAAUUUUAUCAUCAGAGCCAUGUGCGAUACCCUUUUAAUGAAAUUUCCCAAUGAAAUUUUGGACCAAAUCUUCGACGAAUUGCUAGCAAAGUGGUCCUUCGAGGCGCUGGUCGAAUUCUGCGAAGCGGGUCAAAGCCCAAAGGUGAAAAUUUCAGGGCCAUACUUCAGGAAAUGGAUCAAAGCAAAGUCAAACGAGAGAAUUUGUGAGGAGUUUGCAGAGACGCAGACGAAUUUGAAAUUCUUGAAUCGUCAUAUGCGAGUUCUCCACGAAUCCUCAAUUUCUGUUGGUCUUCUAGUCCACUCUGGGCACAAGCCUCAUUCAUGGUGGAUUAUACGAAGGGUUCCCAUACAACGCUUACCGCUUCCCUCCUCCGCACCGGUGGAAUGUGAUCACAUGUACCCACCCGCACCGGUGGAAUGCGAUCACAUGUACCCAUCACUGGAAGAACCUGUACCUGCAUCGGACAUCAUGAUAGCUUGGGAUAUGGAAUUCUGCAGUGUGGCGCCGUUGACGUGUGCCCUGCUUGAGACCAUGGAGGACAUUGUGUUGCCCAUCUUUGUGAAGAAGGCGACUACUGAGGGAAUUGCUCAACGCGAGUUUUGGGAUAUUCUAUCUGUAGGAGCAUAUUCGGGCCGUGCAAACUGCGAGUGCAGACAUGGCACAAAGUGUUCGAGGUGUCGAGGCGGAACAACCUCGUAUUUCAUAUCUACACGCUGUAUUCAUGCGAACAUGCUUGAAUGGGCACAUUGUAGACGCUUUCUGAAUUCGAGGCAAUCUGUUCGCCCUGGAGUCAAGCUUAGCGUCAGAGAAGAUCUGAAUGUGAAGAAUCAGAUCUAG